AGUAGCGGGGAGAUUGCUGCACAAGCCGCCCUCAGCUCGGCUGUUCUGCGCACGCUGAGCGGAGGGGAUGAGCUUGAGAUCAUCUUGGGGGGGAAGCCGGGGACUGGAGAGGCCGGCUCUGCCCCGCUGAUCCCUGUGGCCCAACUUUUCGGGGGGCUAGCUAGACCGAGUCUCACUGCUUGCUGCGCAGCCAACAGGGGGGUUUAGAAGAUCGUGACCACAUGGAUCAUCUAACUGAAUGGUACAUGGGGACACAAUGGUCCUAUAGAGAAUAUAUGUGAAUUGUUGGCUAAUUUCUUGAUUUGCGACUCAACAUAGGACAUCGCUUGUUCAUAUCUAUCAGAACACUCCUGAAUUUUCCCCACCAUGCUAUCUUUAUUAGCUUGAACUCCUUCCCUAAAAUGGUCCUUCUGUUGAUCCUGUCAGUCUUACUUUUGAAAGAAGAUGUCCGUGGGAGUGCACAGUCCAGUGAGAGGAGGGUGGUGGCUCACAUGCCAGGUGACAUCAUUAUUGGAGCUCUCUUUUCUGUUCAUCACCAGCCUACUGUGGACAAAGUUCAUGAGAGGAAGUGUGGGGCGGUCCGUGAACAGUAUGGCAUUCAGAGAGUGGAGGCCAUGCUACAUACCCUGGAAAGGAUCAAUUCAGACCCUACGCUCUUGCCCAACAUCACACUGGGCUGUGAGAUAAGGGAUUCCUGCUGGCAUUCGGCUGUGGCCCUAGAGCAGAGCAUUGAGUUCAUAAGAGAUUCCCUCAUUUCUUCAGAAGAGGAAGAGGGCUUGGUACGCUGUGUAGAUGGUUCCUCCUCUUCCUUCCGCUCCAAGAAGCCCAUAGUAGGGGUCAUUGGGCCUGGCUCCAGUUCUGUAGCCAUUCAGGUCCAGAACUUGCUCCAGCUUUUCAACAUACCUCAGAUUGCUUAUUCGGCAACCAGCAUGGAUCUGAGUGACAAGACUCUGUUCAAAUAUUUCAUGAGAGUUGUGCCUUCAGAUGCUCAACAGGCAAGGGCCAUGGUGGACAUAGUGAAGAGGUACAACUGGACCUAUGUAUCAGCUGUGCACACAGAAGGCAACUAUGGAGAAAGUGGGAUGGAAGCCUUCAAAGAUAUGUCAGCGAAGGAAGGGAUUUGCAUCGCCCACUCUUACAAAAUCUACAGUAAUGCAGGAGAGCAGAGCUUUGAUAAGCUGCUGAAGAAGCUCACAAGUCACUUGCCUAAGGCCCGGGUGGUGGCCUGCUUCUGUGAGGGUAUGACGGUGAGAGGUCUGCUGAUGGCCAUGAGGCGCCUGGGUCUAGCGGGAGAAUUUCUGCUUCUGGGCAGUGAUGGCUGGGCUGACAGGUAUGAUGUGACAGAUGGAUAUCAGCGAGAAGCUGUUGGUGGCAUCACAAUCAAGCUCCAGUCUCCCGAUGUCAAGUGGUUUGAUGAUUAUUAUCUGAAGCUCCGGCCAGAAACAAACCAUCGAAACCCUUGGUUUCAAGAAUUUUGGCAGCAUCGUUUUCAGUGCCGACUGGAAGGGUUUCCACAGGAGAACAGCAAAUACAACAAGACUUGCGAUAGUUCUCUGACUCUGAAAACACAUCAUGUUCAGGAUUCCAAAAUGGGAUUUGUGAUCAACGCCAUCUAUUCGAUGGCCUAUGGGCUCCACAACAUGCAGAUGUCCCUCUGCCCAGGCUAUGCAGGACUCUGUGAUGCAAUGAAGCCAAUUGAUGGACGGAAACUUUUGGAGUCCCUGAUGAAAACCAAUUUUACUGGGGUUUCUGGAGAUAUGAUCCUAUUCGACGAGAAUGGAGACUCUCCAGGAAGGUAUGAAAUAAUGAAUUUCAAGGAAAUGGGAAAAGAUUAUUUUGAUUAUAUCAACGUUGGAAGUUGGGACAAUGGAGAAUUAAAAAUGGAUGAUGAUGAAGUAUGGUCCAAGAAAAGCAACAUCAUCAGAUCUGUGUGCAGUGAACCAUGUGAGAAAGGCCAGAUCAAGGUGAUCCGAAAGGGAGAAGUCAGCUGUUGUUGGACCUGUACACCUUGUAAGGAGAAUGAGUAUGUCUUUGAUGAGUAUACAUGCAAGGCAUGCCAGCUGGGGUCUUGGCCCACUGACGAUCUCACAGGUUGUGAUUUGAUUCCAGUACAGUAUCUUCGAUGGGGUGACCCUGAACCCAUUGCAGCUGUGGUGUUUGCCUGCCUUGGCCUCCUAGCCACCCUGUUUGUUACUGUAGUCUUCAUCAUUUACCGGGAUACACCAGUAGUCAAGUCCUCAAGCAGGGAACUCUGUUACAUUAUCCUUGCUGGCAUCUGCCUGGGCUACUUAUGUACCUUCUGCCUCAUUGCAAAACCCAAACAGAUUUACUGCUACCUUCAGAGAAUUGGCAUUGGUCUGUCCCCAGCCAUGAGCUACUCAGCCCUUGUAACAAAGACCAACCGUAUUGCAAGGAUCCUGGCUGGCAGCAAGAAGAAGAUCUGUACCAAAAAGCCCAGAUUCAUGAGUGCCUGUGCCCAGCUAGUGAUUGCUUUCAUUCUCAUAUGCAUCCAGUUGGGCAUCAUUGUUGCCCUCUUUAUAAUGGAGCCUCCUGACAUAAUGCAUGACUACCCAAGCAUUCGAGAAGUCUACCUGAUCUGUAACACCACCAACUUAGGAGUUGUCACUCCACUUGGAUACAAUGGAUUGUUGAUUUUGAGCUGCACCUUCUAUGCAUUCAAGACCAGAAAUGUUCCAGCUAACUUCAACGAGGCCAAGUAUAUCGCCUUCACAAUGUACACGACCUGCAUUAUAUGGCUAGCUUUUGUACCAAUCUACUUUGGCAGCAACUACAAAAUCAUCACCAUGUGUUUCUCGGUCAGCCUCAGUGCCACAGUGGCCCUAGGCUGCAUGUUUGUGCCGAAGGUGUACAUCAUCCUGGCCAAACCAGAGAGAAAUGUGCGCAGCGCCUUCACCACAUCUACUGUGGUGCGCAUGCAUGUAGGGGAUGGCAAGUCAUCCUCCGCAGCCAGCAGAUCCAGCAGCCUAGUCAACCUGUGGAAGAGAAGGGGCUCCUCUGGGGAAACCUUAAGGUACAAAGACAGGAGACUGGCCCAGCACAAGUCGGAAAUAGAGUGUUUCACCCCCAAAGGGAGUAUGGGGAAUGGUGGGAGAGCAACAAUGAGCAGCUCCAAUGGAAAAUCUGUCACGUGGGCCCAGAACGAGAAGAGCAGCCGGGGGCAGCACCUGUGGCAGCGCCUGUCCAUCCACAUCAACAAGAAAGAAAAUCCCAACCAAACGGCAGCUGCGGCCGCCAAGCCAGACCUGGAGGAGUUGGUGGCUCUCACCCCGCCGUCCCCCUUCAGAGACUCGGUGGACUCGGGGAGCACAACCCCCAACUCGCCAGUGUCGGAGUCGGCCCUCUGUAUCCCGUCGUCUCCCAAAUAUGACACUCUUAUCAUAAGAGAUUACACUCAGAGCUCCUCGUCGUUGUGAAUGUCCCUGGAAAGCGCACCGGCCUGCGCGUGCGGAGCAGAGCCCCCCGUGUUCACACACACAGUGGCAAGCAUAGUCGCCUGGUUACGGCCCAGGGGGAAGACGCCAAGUGCACCCCUUGAUGGAAACACGAGAUCCAUAGUGCUAUCUCACGACAACCGACGAAGACACCGACGACAAAUCUUUUGGCAGAUUUUCUUCUAGUGGCCUUAGAAAACAUGGGCUUUUAAGAAACACGGCUGAUAUCUUUGAGGGCUGACAAGGCGUCUGUUCAAACAGUUCCAUACCAAGUGCUUUGCUCUAGGAAAGCAGUGCGUGUGAAACAGCGUAACGGAGGGUGAAGAGCAUAGUUAAUAAGCAACUGUAAAAAGUUUUAUUUGUUUACUUUAAUUCUUUUCCCAGAAGAGUCUUUGAUUCACCAAACAUGAAUGUACAUUUUCUAACAAACUCAAAAUCUGGGACCAAAACAUCAACUUUUCUCUUUCUUUUUUCUUUCUUUUUGUUUUUUCUUUCCUGUAAAGACCUUGAAAAGCAGUAACUUGGGUCCAGUAUUUACUGAGGCGUUGUGAAUGUGUCCCAUGCAUAACACACGACUGGAUAGUGAGUGCUGCGCUAAUGUACUACGUAGGGCUUCUACCAGAGAUUUUCCUCUCCAAUUGGGUUGUGAAAUACUCUUCCAAAAGCCUGCAUCGGGGAUUCCACCUACUUAUUUCAGAUUCACCUCCAUUAACCAAGAAAACCAGUGGAAGAUUUCUUGACUAUUUCACCAUGUUGCCAAUCAAUACUGGAGUAGCAAAAAAAUAUUUUCUGGAAUACUGUUUUGUAAUUCCCUCACUGGGGUGCAUUGUAGCUGGAAAUUCUCUUUAUAAUCAUUCUUGAGCUCCAGCCUGGCUAUCUCUUUCAAGAAACAUGGCCACUCCUCUUUAGGAAUGCUGUUCCGUUUGCAUUGCCAACUAAAAUAUUAAAAUAUGCAUUGGGGCUUCUUCAUUCCUUUAUUUUGAGAACCUGAUGCACAAAGAGCUCCUUUGUUCUUUUUGAGUCCCACCACUGGAAGAGUGGUCCAUAGACCCCAUGAAGACAUUGUCACGAUUUGAGAGACUGUUGUUGAAAGGAUUAACACAAUCUUAAUACACUGAAAAUUUUAAACUGUGUCAAGUCAGCUUAGUGGAGAUUUAGUUAUGCCAGUGAGCAGUGAUUUUAACUAUUCUUGGCUGCUUAAACAGGGCAGCUAUGAACUAUGACAAAUGUAGAUUUUUCAAAGCAAUACAAAAUACUAAAAAAGAGGAACCUUAAUGAAUAUUAACCACACAGUCUUUCUUAGCCAUUCCAAAAAGAGGCAAAGCAAUUCUUAUUUUCUUUUUUUAAAUAAUGAUUCAUAUUAUUUUGUGCACUUCAUACUGUCACUUUUUAAAACUGCAGAAAAGAGAUUUAGAGGUAUAAUAGAAACAAGUGUGCUUUGAUAGUCUCAAAUAGGUAGAAUUCAUAGUUCAAGACCUGAAUCCACUGUCAUCUCUUUCUUCCUCCCAUUGCAGCUAUCCUCAGGUACCAAAUGUUUUGAUUUUUAAAUAAGGAUAGUAAUAAAUGGAGGAGGUGUCCUAUAAAUUCAAAGUUCAGUUGACCCAGCCUUAUACUUAAGAUAGCCUUAUGAAAAAUAUAUGCUGUGAGGCAGAAGUAUAUUUUGGCAGAGAGAAAAAUAAAUAAAACUUUUUCUUUUAGCUAAUAUCCUUAUUUUGGUAAGUAAUUUUUUUUUUAUUUCACAUCUACUUAAAAGAAACUAAACUGAGAAAUAGAAGUCAGUCCAUUGGCAUAAUUUAUCAUUCUUCACUUUAAAAAAUUCUAAUAAAUAUUGUGCUUGAGUUUUCUUUUCUGCUAUUUGUUCUUACUUGCAACUUUAAGUCAAACCUCCCAAUACAAAACAUUAAAAGCUAACAUUCAUGUACUAAAGUAUUAAUUUACAAGAAAUCAAACCUCCCAUGCUAGAUUUGAAAAUAACAUCAUCACAGCACCCUGAUCCCAAAUAUUAUAACGAGGCUUUUAAAAUGUAAGUGAAAUCCAGCUAAGUUUCAUAGUUUCAUUGAAAGCAAAUGUCUGCCUCUACCUGAAAAACAAAUGGAAAUCUUUUGAAGUAUUAAUACCCUUUGGAUCCUCAUAAAAACGAUGGCAUUCACCUGAGGAUUCCUAUCUUGACUUCUUAGGUAUUAAAAACCUUUCUCGAUAUGCUCUACAUUUUAAAAUUUGUUUCAUAAAAUCCUUAUGUUGAUUUUCAUUUUAUUCUCAAGUACAAUACGUUUCACUCUAGACCAAUAGAAGAACAUGUUUAAACUUUGUUCAUGGUCAAAUUCAUUUUCUAUGUUUUAGUAACAUGGCUCUUAAAAAGUACACUACCUUACAAAAAAACUUCAUUUGAAAUUAAAUUUAAUGCAAGUAAAUUGCCAUCUGAUAAUUCCACAUGCUAUCAUAAUCAACUGUAAUAAUAAAAAUGAUUUAUCCAAUUAGAAGAAAACAAGAUAUAUUUUUCUCUGUAUUUCUACAACUUUUGCCACUUCAUUGACUACAUUGUAUAUUGGACAUCAGAUUAUUAGUAAUGCAUUAUUGAGAUCUUUUAUUUUGGAAUGAUGCUAACUCUGUCUCUUUGCCAAUUCUAAUACCAGGUUCCAAGUAAUAACUCUACAGUACAAAAAGAACUGAAUAUUCAUUCUAGGGCUAUAGGAUAUGAACUUCACAAUUCAUUUGGGUACAUUCUCAUUGAAUUUCCUUCAAAACAAUCUGUUCCUGGUGCCCAGUGAUAAUUCAGUCGGGACCAGCAUGACUAAAAGGAAGGGGAUAUGCUAAGGCUCAGCAAAGUGACCCUAAAGGAGAGAUAUGUCCCAGGAUGGAAAGAAGAAGAUGUGGUUUAACCAAGUUAUACUGACUAAUCUAAUCAGUCCAUUCGUCCUUCUAUUUUGGGAAAGGAGUGGGGACAGCCUAAGAAGAACAUAUCUGCAUUGGGAAGAACCGUCUUUCCGGGCUAGGGAUGGGGAACAGAAAGGGAGUAUGGAAAGAAAAAUUUUAACAGAUUUGACUGAAGCAAGGAAAAAAAGCAAAUCCCCAAAUGUGCUAAUCCUUGAAAGUAACUAUCUUUCCCAAACUACUGCUGUUACCAGCAAGUGAUCAGGAAGACUAGGAGCUAUUUCUGACUGUAAAUGAAUUGUAUAAUGGCUCUGCUGCAGUUCUGUGACUUCCAAGCCAGGAAUUAAAUGCUCUUUUUAAGAAUAACAAAAAACAAAAGCAUUUCCUAUGCUAGUCUCCCAGUAAAAUGUACAUGUUUUGGAGACUUCAAAGGUAUUAUAUGAGUUCACAUUUAGCAACAGCUUAUUAAUAACCCUCAAGCUGUCAGAAUCUCUAUAGUUACCAUUUACAAUUUUAUACUGUGAAAAAAUACAGAUCAGUGAAAGCAUAAAGAUAAAUCAGAAUUCACUUUGAAGAGGGUCUGAGGCCUGGGAGAGUCUCUACUGUCUAUUGAAGAAUGAGGCAUGUAUAAAAUAGUUGGUUGAAUUUCACUGAUCUUCCCAAUGUGAACAAAUAUACUAUGUAUAUUGUGUGUAUUUCUAGAAAUCAAUGGCAGCUGCUGAUGGUGUUGUAAUUAGAAAUCUAUAUAGAUUAUAGAUGUUUUAGAAAGAUGGUGCCAAUCCUAAAAGAUUUGUGUGGGCUAAAAGUGCUUGUACUUACUUUUUUCUGCACUUAUAACUGAUUUGGUUUUAAAAUUGUGUGCGUGUAUCUGUUCUUUCACUGUUGUGGCAGCUUGUACUAUUAAAAUAAUAGAGAAUGUUAAAUUAUUUUGAUGUGAAUUGCAAAUGAUUUUUUUUCAUAAAGUUUAACAUUUUUAUCAGCAUUGUUUUGCUUUGUACUUGUAUAAAUAUGUUUUAUUUUAGCACUUCAAAAUAUACUUGCCUGUUUCUCAGUUGUCUAAAUCAUGUUGUACUUGGUGUUUGUGAAGCCAGUUACUUUUCAAAAAACAUUAAAAAAACUGUAAUAUGA